AAAAAAAAAUAUCUAAUCAUGAGAUUAUAUUUUUUUCAAUCUCAAAAAGGAAUUUACACAAAUUGACACUAGAAAAAAAAAGAAAAAUGAGUUCCUGAUUUUCUGCAGAACUAAAAUCAGAGAGGGAGAGAUCUUGACGAUAUCAGGAGGACCGGGUUUAUAUAAAUCCAUGGAGUUGAAUCAGUGCUGAGGAGAUAGAGCGUAAAGGAUGGGGAACGCCAUAGGAGGACGAAAGACGGUAAAGGUGAUGAAAAUCGACGGCGAAACAUUCAAGUUAAAGACCCCAAUUCGAGCAUGGGAUGUUGUUAAGGAUUACCCAGGUCAUGUAUUACUGGAUUCACAGGCGGUGAAGCAUUUCGGGAUCCGUGCGAAGCCAUUGGAGCCGCAGCAGGAGCUACAACCCAAGAAGAUAUACUUCUUGGUGGAGCUGCCCAAGUUUCCCGAUGAGAAGGUGCCGAGGAGGGCCCGUUCUGCUGGGAUACAGAUGAGCGCCAAGGACCGGCUGGAGUGCUUGAUGCUGUCGCGGAGAGCGGUUUCUGACCUUACCGUGGGGCAGUCGGUGCCGGCUCGGAACUCCGGCGGGCUUGAGGAAGAGACUGGCCCGAUGAAGGUGAAAUUGAGGCUGCCGAAAUCCCAGGUGGCGAAGUUGGUCGAGGAGAGCAGAGAUGGUGCGGAGGUGGCUGAGAAAAUCAUUGAUCUUUAUAUGGAAAACUCCGGCGACGUUGAAAACCGUUCCGGCCGGUCACCGGUGGUGAAUGGUGGUCUUAGGAGCCCUAUCAUCAAGACCCAUGAGAAGCGAGUGAGUUUUACUUCACCAGAAGACAGGGAAAUUCAAUUAGCAUCUUAAUAGCAGCUGAUGAAGCAACCAACAACAGUUCAGAAGCAGAACUUUUUUUUUUUUGUUUUUUGGAGUCCCCUUUCUUGCUGCUGUUAGGCAGCAUCUGUUUCAAAAUGUAACUAGUUAUGCAGCUUUCUUUCUCUUACAAUACCAGCUAUAGCAGAGUUGGGUGGAUUGAUGUGCCACUGUUUAUGUAGUCAGAUGUAUGAGAUAGAUAUUGUAAAUAUUGUUUGCCAAUGUUAGAGACUGGAAACUUACUGGUGAAUGAAAUUGAGCAUGGAAG